GUUAGCCUAUGAUUUUAGGACAUUUGCUGGCAUCAGCUCGACACCCCUUUUUAUUAUUAAUUUUUGGGAAGGAUUCUUCCUUUGUGUUUCUGUGUUUGCCUUCUAACUUUAAGCUGUAGGUAACUUACUUUGCCGUUUCUGGCGAUUAAUACGCAGCGCUAUCUAACUAUUCUGUUUGCCUUGUACUUCAUUUGUUUUUGUGGUGAAACCAGCAGGAGCGCAGUUGGAAUGGUGACGGCAAGCGGUACCGUGCUGGUAUCAUGGGUCUUCACGAGGAAAUCGAGGCCUUUUAUGGCUACACACACCAAUAUGGCCAGGAGCGUCGCAGGCGCUAUGAAGUAAUCAACCGUAUUGAGAGAAUCAUAACGUCCUUGUAUCCUGGAGUGAGAGUGUCCUUGUACGGCAGCACGCUGACGGGAUUGUUCGUACGCAAUAGCGAUAUUGAUCUGGUGGUGAAUCUGAAUGGUCGCUUCCACAUGGAUCCCGCCGAAUGGCUGCAGGAAUGUUUCGAGAGACUGCGCGAAUAUCGCGAUGUGCAAUGCAAAUAUUGCAUCCCAACGGCCAGAACUCCCAUCUUUAUAAUCGUGGAUGUGCCUAGCGGAAUCCAGAUUGACGUUUCGUGUGUGUCAGGGAACGAGUUUCACGCCGGCAUGCGCAAUUCCCAGUGGAUCCUGUCGGCUAUUCAGCCGUAUCCGCUUCUGCCGAAAAUCCUGAUUGUGGCCAAAGAAUUCCUGCGCCUCUGGGGUCUGGACAAAGUGCACUCGGAAGGCGUCAGUUCCUACUGUCUGACGCUGAUGACCAUCAGCUUCUUCCAGCAACAAGUGGACGAUCCGCGCGAUAACAAUCUGGGCGAUCGGCUACUGCGCUUUCUGCGACUGUACGGUUGCGAUUUCGACUACAACCAGCUGGCUAUUACGGUGGACGGCGAUGGAGAGAUCAUCUCGCGCAGUGACAUGGGGACGCGCAUCACCAAUGGUCCGGCCAGUGUGGCGUUGCGCAUUGAGGAUCCCGUGGAUCCGGGGAAGGACGCCGCACAGCCGUCGGAACGCGGAAUGGCCAAGCUGCGCACGGCCUUCAGUUUGGCGUUUGACCUGCUGGUGCAGAUGGUGAACAAGCCCGGUUAUGGCGGUGGUGUUCGCAGUUAUCUGCAGAUUAUCUUUGAUUAGCCGCUGAAAAUACGAACUUUUGCACUUGUUCCUAUCAUUUGUUUUUACCAUUUAGGUUUGAAUAUGUUUGUUGCAUCUUGUCGGCGUGUUAUUUACCUUUUUGUUGUACUAUAUUGUGUUCUUCAUAAGUAAGUAUUAACUGUUUACAGUGGUAUUAUAAAUUGCGAUUUGUUCUUAAUAACUUACUACCAAACAGCUUGUUUACUGUUAAAAUCUUUGUUCACCAGUGGCGAAUGUUUAUGCUUGGUUUAGAAACUGCAGUGAUAACUA